UCCCGUUCACCAUCACCGUACGAUUUCGAUCACCGCCUCCUCCGAGUGAUCACCGACCCAGCCGAGAGCGCGAUUUUGAGGUCAGAAAGAACGCUAGGAUCUCUCGGUCAAAGUUGUUAUUCAGCAAACAACUUGAAGAUAAACCGAAAAUACCCUCCCAGGGCUUCCUAGUGGUGUGUGGACGAGUGGGCGAACACCAUAUCUGAUUGGGCUUGGGACUUCCUAAUUCGCUCAUAUCCUACAUCCCGCAUCCAGUCUCAGUCCCCUUUGGGUGGGAUCUUGCGUGCCGCUCGUGGUCAUUAUACAUACAUACCACGUCCUAUACCUCCCAGUCGCAUUUACAUAUAAAAGGGCGCAACCCGGGCGCUCACAUCUGUCGAGAAAUGCCUGCUCCUCCGCGUACGUUUACUCUUCCCUUCAUCCUUCCCUAAUCCCAAAUCCGGUAGUUUACCCCGCCAAGAAAAAGGAGGUACGGUACUCCUGGAUCUGGAUCUGCAGGGGUGGAUAUUGGCAUCUCGUACAAAAAUAAUACGCUUAAACUUAUUUUUGAGAUCCCCGAGAUUGGCGAGGGUAACUUCGUCUUUUUGGAAAUACCGUUUCGCUUACCAUGGCCGCAGAAGAUGCCUUCGCCUACGCGCUGAGCUCGAAUCAAGCCUGGGCCGGCUAUAAGGGUCACCAGAACCCCGACUUCUUCCCUAAGUUAGCUUCGGGACAAUCACCAGCAAUUCUGUGGCUAGGAUGCUCCGACUCUCGCUGCCCGGAGACCACGAUCCUAGGCUUGCAGCCGGGCGACGUGUUUGUGCACCGCAACAUCGCCAACAUCAUUUCGCCGACGGACAUCAACACGUCUGCCGUGAUCGAGUACGCGGUUACGCACCUUAAAGUCAAGCAUGUGGUGCUAUGCGGUCACUCGUCGUGCGGAGGUGCAGCGGCGGCGCUGAGCAACCAACGGGUUGGCGGCGUGCUGGACACGUGGCUGGUGCCGCUCAAGGCGAUUCGCAAUGCGAACAAGGAAGAGCUAGAGUCUAUCACGGACGACAAGACGCGCGGCGUGCGAAUUGCGGAGCUUAACGUCGAGGCCGGCAUCAACGUGCUCAUGGCCAAUGCGGCGAUCCAGGAUGCUAUCGCCGAGAGGGGCCUCCAGGUUCAUGGAACGUUCUUCGACAUCGGCUUAGGUCGGAUCCGAGACCUGGGCCUCGGAACGAAGGGGGAACAUCACGGAAUUCCGGGAUUGAACGGCGAUGCCGGAGAUGUGGUAAGGGGAAAGCAUGCCAUGCUCGUGUUCCGGUCAGACGGAGCAGGAAGUAUGCAAGCUCGCUAAAGGAUUUGCUUCGAAAUGAAAAUGGUCACCCAUGGAUCUCGGCACAGCGGCGGCGACUGCGACGGUAGAAGAGCAUAUCGGCGGGCGAGUGAUUUUUAGUGAAUUUGGUGACAUUGGUGAAUACGGUGAAAUCGGUCUAGUUGGUCCUUACGAUACGAUACCUUGACCUCACGGAGGUCCUUUCAGUGGCGGCGUUUCGAGCAAAGUGUCUACAUGGCAAGCAUGGCGAUGGCGAUGGCGAUGGGAUGUAUGGGAUGUAUGUAUGUGUGCUGCAUUGCGUGCGCAUCCGUUUUUCUGGCGAUGGGGAAUUAGUGUUUAUUGGUAUACCUAGGCCUAGGUACUCGGUAUUCUGAGGAAUUCAUAUAUCUUGCAUU